CCCCAAAGACAGUGAGAGGAAACUAUGGCCGCACGGGCGGCGAUUUCUGUGACACACUGCCUCCCGGUUUGUUACGAUACUCUCUCCCUGCACCCCUCUCCCCUGAGUAGCUCUAGCACAGCAGUGUCGCCUUGUAAUGACGUAGUGAAGCCUUAGCAGCGCUUCUCUUUCCCCCUGCGGUGUCAGUAGUGCGCUGAUAAGCCGAGCUGUGGAUCACAUGACUGGAGUGACGUGUCUCGGGAAGUGGCUGCUGUCUGGAUGCUGAUUCGGAUUUGAUCCCGUGUGUGAGAGAGAGUGAGGGAGUCGGCUGGACAUCCGGGGAUUAAAUACCUGGGCAGGGCAGAGCGCUGCGAGGCUCCAGCUGUAGGUGGUCACAGCCCGGAGCCAUCAUGAUCAAAGCCAUCCUCAUCUUCAAUAACCACGGCAAGCCCCGGCUCUGCAAAUUCUACCAGCACUACAGUGAAGACACCCAACAGCAAAUUAUUAGAGAAACAUUCCAUUUAGUUUCUAAACGAGAUGAAAAUGUCUGCAACUUCUUGGAAGGAGGAUUAUUAAUAGGAGGAUCUGACAAUAAGCUCAUCUAUCGACACUAUGCAACAUUAUAUUUUGUCUUUUGUGUGGAUUCUUCAGAAAGUGAACUUGGUAUUCUAGAUCUUAUACAAGUAUUUGUGGAAACCUUGGACAAAUGUUUUGAAAACGUCUGUGAGCUUGAUUUAAUUUUCCAUGUAGAUAAGGUCCACAACAUCCUGGCAGAAAUGGUGAUGGGAGGUAUGGUUCUGGAGACCAAUAUGAAUGAAAUUGUUACUCAGAUUGAUGCACAGACAAAAGUGGAAAAAUCUGAGGCUGGAUUAGCAGGUGCUCCGGCUCGGGCUGUGUCUGCAGUAAAGAACAUGAACCUUCCAGAAAUGCCAAGAAACAUUAACAUUGGUGACAUCAGUAUAAAAGUGCCAAACUUGCCUUCUUUUAAAUAGCAUUCUACUGCCUCCCCUGACACACAAUUGAUGCUCAGAUAAGUUUACCAAAUUUCAGUAAAUUUUCUAUUAAGUGAAGGAACUGCUUGGGUUGUUUGUGCUAAUCUGCAAUGUUGGAUGUAAGCAUUGCUUUUUACUCACCAAUGCUAAAGAAGAAAAAAAACGCUAGCUGAAACGUGGUUCCAAAAUGGCAUCCAAGCUCCUUUUUUUAAGGCAUGUUACGUGUCUUGGCUGCUGCAAUGUCAGAGAAAGUAUUACAAAAAUAAAAAAAAUCUUGAAUUUUCAGUGUUGCUACCUUUUUGUAUGUUCCUAAAAUAUAUUAAAAACUGCUUGGUAGUGGCAGCCAUUUUGUAAGUUGAAUCAGUAGAAACUAAUAAGGCAUGAAAGGGGGUUAUUUAUAGAUAUUAGUAAUGAUUUGUGUUUAUUUUCUAUCGUAACUUUUGCAUUUGCCACAGAAGAAAUUUACUAGGUUUACCUCCGAGUGCCUCGUGCUCCACGAACAUCACCACUUUCUGGCAAUUUGCUAAAAUAUACAUUGGUUUACCUUACAAAAUGACUCUCCACUGUGUGCGGCUGAUGGGUAAUCUUGAUUUUUGUAAUUCAUUCCAUAAAGUUCAUUCCUGUAUGUUCCUUUCCUCAUUCUUCAGAUUAUUUAUGUCUUUAUUUUGUAGACUGCAUGUUAGUCUCACUACAUUUUUUUUUCAUUACAUUUAAGUGUAAAUUAAAUGGGUUUGAAUAAUUAUGUCUGGGGGAAAAAAGUGUCUGUUAUCAGUGGAAUUUUAUAGAUCUUGGCUUAUAAAAAAUAAUUAUUUUAACACUGUAAUAAAAUUGCUGAGGUUUAAUGUUCUGGUUUGAUGUGUUGGAUGUACUGUAAAAUAAAUAUUUUAUGAAUGGUG